CUUAACAGUCUGCUGCAAUAUCUUAAAGUGAAAUCAAGUAUAAAGGAAUAAGUAUCGGACGAAACUAAACGAGUAAUAUUUUAAUUGUCAAUUUUCACAAAAAUGAAUGAAAUUCGAAGAUUCGACGACAAAAAAAAAUCUAUUGGACUUGGAAUUGGAAUUAGACACUUGCAAUGUUUUCUUAUAUUUUUUGGACAAGCCGUUGCUCAUUCCCUUCGUGUGAAUUUAUCUGUCGGCAUUGUGGCAAUGACAGACAAAUCUGGAGAUUCCGAGUACGGAAUUUACUCAUGGGAUGAACAAACUAGAUCGGUUAUUCUUAGCAGCUUCUUCUUUGGCUAUGUCAUAACGCAAGUUCCUUCCGGACAAUUGGCUCAUAAAUAUGGUGGUCAUAAAGUCUUUUUCUGGGGACUCUUCUCUUGCUCAUUACUCGCUAUUUUAACACCAAUUUGUGCCGAUUUCGGUGGAUGGCAGUUAGUCUGUGCAUUGCGUUACAUCCAAGGAAUUUGUCAAGGAUCACUUCAACCAUCAUCGAGUAAUCUCCUUUCCAAAUGGUCACCAGUCAAAGAACUCGGUUUGAUGGGAACUAUUAGUUAUUCUGGUUCACAGUUGGGAACUGCUCUAAUGUUGUGUGUGAGUGGCGAGAUAACAGCAUCGUUUAUGGGAUGGCCUGGACUAUUCUAUGUAUCUGGAGGUAUGGGUUGCCUUUGGGGCUUAUUAUUCUAUGUUUUUGGAGCAAGUUCACCAUCAGAAAGUCAAUUUAUCUCAGAAGAAGAAAAAAUGUACAUUGAAACGCUAUCUGUUCCAAGUGCAGAAUCACCAAAAGAUAAAAAUGAAGAAUCAAAUCGAGCUUUGCCAACCCCUUGGUUAGACAUUAUGACAUCAGUGCCAUUCUUAUGCGUAGUAGUUGUUCAUUGUGCUAACAAUUGGGCUUAUAACAUACUUUUAACUCAAAUUCCGACGUAUAUUAAAGGCGUCCUUCAAAUGGACAUUAAGAAAAAUGCAUUAUUUUCGUCAUUGCCAUUUUGGGUAAUGCUGGCGCUGAGCUAUUUCUUUUUGAUAAUUUCGGAAGUUCUUAGAAAGAAGCAAUGUAUGAGUAUGUCGGUAAGUCGUAGAUUCUUCAACACUAUCGGAAACUGGAUUCCAGCAGUCGGACUUAUAUGCUUAGGGUAUUUGGGCAAGGAGAACGAAACUCUUGUGAUACUUUUAUUGAUGAUCAAUGUGGGAAUGAUGGCAGCUACUUAUUUAGGUUUUUGCUUAAAUAACAUAGAUUUAUCACCAAAUUUCGCUGGUACAUUGAUGGGCAUAUCGAAUUGUAUUGGACAUACAACGAGUAUAAUGGCACCUUUAUCCGUUGGAUUCAUCGUAACCGAUGAGAAAAACCCAGAACAAUGGAGGAUUGUAUUUUUCAUAGCAGCAGCUUUCUUAUUUAUUGGAAAUUUGUUAUUUAUUGUUUUUGGAAAAUUCGAACCACAAUACUGGAAUGAACCUAUGCCAGUUAGUGUUAAGACAUCAAGAAAAAAUAGCCAACAUUCAGUUUAUAAAGAAACAAAACAUAAUUAAUAAAAUGAAAUAAAUAAUUGAGGUUUUCAAACAAAA